CUCAGUCUAUAGGUUUCAUAGCUGCUCGUUCAGUCCCUCCCUCCCUCCCUCUCAACAUUCUAAAGCAGCAGUCAGCAACAAUGGCCGUUACCUUCUCAGAUCUACACACAGAACAGGGUGUCAAAUCCGUGGAGGAGCACCUCGCCGGAAAAACCUACAUCUCCGGAGAUCAAUUGUCUGUGGAUGAUGUGAAGGUGUACGCCGCCGUUUCGAAGAAACCAAGCGAUGCUUUCCCCAAUGCUAGCAAGUGGUACGAUUGCGUCGCUUCCCACCUCGCUAAAAGUUUCCCGGGAAAAGCCGUUGGAGUGUCCAUCGGUGGCUCUGCUGCUGCUCAAGCUGAGGCACCUGCAGCUGAUGACGAUGAUGACAUGGAUCUGUUUGGUGACGAGACUGAGGAGGAGAAGAAAGCUGCAGAGGAGAGGGAGGCUGCCAAGAAGGAAACCAAGAAGCCUAAAGAGAGUGGAAAGUCAUCUGUGCUCAUGGAAGUAAAGCCAUGGGAUGAUGAGACUGACAUGAAGAAACUGGAAGCAGCUGUUCGCAGUGUUGAGAUGCCUGGUCUCUUAUGGGGAGCUUCAAAACUGGUACCAGUUGGAUACGGUAUCAAGAAGCUCACGAUCAUGCUCACAAUUGUUGAUGACCUCGUCUCCCCAGACAACCUCAUUGAGGACUAUCUCACCUCUGAACCUAACAACGAGUACAUCCAGAGUGUUGACAUUGUCGCCUUCAACAAGAUUUAAACCUCUCUCCCUUCCCGAAAGAUGUUUUGGGGAUUAUUGGUUUAAGAAUUCUAAUAGAAUUAUGAAAUUUUGAAAAUCCAUUGUUAUUGUUUUAUAUUUUGUUAAAAUCUUAUCAAAA